AUGUUGGUGGUAACUUUAGAAUCACAUGUACUUAUGGACAUCAACUAUAGUUAUAAUUUGGAGUCCCUAACGAACUCAACAAAACAACCAGGAUGUCAUUUACUUCUAGGUCAAGAGAUUGCUACUCCCGCAUGCGAAGAGAUAACAAUUCAUGUAACAAGAAGUGUUGAAGUUCCUCUGCAAUUAGGUGUUGAUGAUCCCUAUCAUUUUAAGAUUGAUAUUGAACAGGUGCAACAAAGAUUAAAUUUGAUUAACAAAAUAUAUGAUAAUGUAGUGGUAGUCGGGUUAAUGAUAUUGAAUGUUGAGUUUUAUAAUUACAGUAAUGUGAUAGAAGAGUUAAAGUCUCAGCCAUCUCUACAAUCCGCUAAGGUUAUAUUCCAUUAUGAACCUACAAUCAAAAAUAUUAAGGUGGAUCAUCAUCAAAGAAAUGCUGUUGAUGCAGAAUUGAUAUUGAAUUGUUAUUUGUUCGAUACUGGAGACAGAAUUGGAUACAUUCUGAAACAGAAUGUGAUCGAUAUUGUACCUAGCGAUAUUGUAGUCAAUAAUGGUAUUGGUAUUUCAAAUUAUACUUUUGCUUCUUCUAGUUCCUCACGAAACAAAAAUCCACAGGCAACAACAUUACAAGACAAUGAUGAAGAAGAAAAUAAUCGUGAUGAAAUUAAGCUUCGGAAAUUAAUUAAAAUGAUAGAUAAUAUGAUUCAUUAUUUAGAAAUGUUUGAAAAUGGAGAAUAUAUCAUAAAGGAGAAGAAAGGUAUAAAAAUAAAUGAUAAAAUACUGCGAAGAAUAUCAAUAUUAAUAUCAGAUUUACAAAAAAGUCCUACAAAGGAUAUUGAAGAUGAGAUAAUGAAUAAAGAGAACGAAAUACGUAUCAUACAGAUAGCAUGCGAACAAUGGGAAAUGUUGAACAAGUGA